AGUCAAAAAGAACGCGGGAAGUUCAGGUAUGAUGGCCCCCAUCAGGAUCCAGCAUGUGGUGUCCUUCAGCUCCCAGGAUCCCAAACAGCCCGUAGACAACCUCCUGAGAGACGACCUCCAGCCGUGGCUGAGCUGCCCCCGAGACCGCAGCCGCCAGCUCAAAGUGGAGCUGCAGUUGGAGCGAGCUCGCCAUAUCGCCUACAUAGACGUGGGAAACAGCGGUUCGGCCUUCCUGCAGAUUGACGUCGGGCGCUCCAGCUGGCCUCUGGAUAAAGCGUUCGUCCCUCUGCUCCCUACAGCCACCCUGAUGUCCCCGGCGGACUCUAAACUGGAGCAGAAUGGCCGGGGGGUCCGGAUGUUCAAAGAAGGUGAUUUCUUGGAGGGGACGGCCGCUGAGAAAUGGGAUCGGCUGCGAGUCACCUGCGGUCAGCCUUUCAACAAGCAGACACAGUUCGGUUUGUCCUUCUUACGCCUCCGAUCUGCUCUGGAAGAAGAGAACCGGACGCCGGCGACCCAACUUUAUCAGUCUCCUCCCCUCUCCGGGGUCCCUCCAGGGAAGCUGAAGAAAGAAGACGAUGCUUCCAGCCGGGAUCCAUUAGAGGAACGGAUAAAGGAGAAGCUGCAGCGGGUCAUGUCCCCCCCUUCUCCCCGCACCCCGUGUCUCAGCCGCACAGUCCGCAUGGUGCUAUCGGCGGCCCAGUCACGUAAACGCAGCCACCCCGCCGCAUCGCUACCAAGUCCUCCCAUCCCCCUAACGCCAGGAGAGGGCGACAGCCAGCGAGGAGAGAGCCCAGUGUCCUCUGGGUACUUUCCCGCCGAUGUCCUUCCUGUGCACGCCUCCCGCUGUGGGGAAGCGUAUCUGCCGCCCAGUGUCAUCCUAUCAUCUUCAGACGACGACUCCUUGGACGGCUUUCAGGACAUUCGGGAUGUUCCCGAGUCCCGGGUCGCCUGUCCAAUGUGUACGUUCCGGUUCCGGAGCAGCGAGAUUGAGCGGCACGCCAGCACGUGUGGAGAACCACGGUGUACUGUGUUAGCGGCAAAACGCUUUCCAGGUUCAGAGCCGUGGCACGGUCUCAGGUGUGACCCCGUCUCUGAAGACAUUGUGACAGUGGGGGUCAAGGCUGAGGGACCUAGUGCUGAUGUCAUCUGCUCCACGCUGACUUUCCGGCCAUUCAGCCUGGAGAAGGCACCAUCCUGCUGUAGCUGCUCCUGGAGCACUACGUGGAUCUCUGGUCUGUCUCCACUGCUGACCUCCAGUGGCCAAAAACCCUCAUCAGCACCAGCAGCCCAGGAUUGUGAGUACCUGAGGCCUUUCCUCGUAUUGGGCUUUCUUGCGUUUCCACUACAAGGAAGCAUCAUGUCUUCGCUAAGACACAUAGAGGACAGGCUAACUGCCAGAGGUGACCUCGGCCCAUGGUGCCCUAGUGAUACAAGGAGUGUUUAUAUGGUGUUCACAGAAGGACCUGAUGCCUGUAAUCUAGAACCUGGGGACCCCAUUGCCAUAUGGUCAUCAUCGUCUGCGUUGUCUUCAGCUGAGGAUGAGGCCUUCACCAUGACCACCGGGACCUUAAUGUCCACCCUGGACUUCAGAUCUGUUUGUGCCCAGGUACUGGAGCAUUCUCUCUGCAGAGCCUCUAAGAGCACCCCGGUGUCAUGUCCUUCCGAGUCAGCUUCUAACCCCCCAGAGUCCUUUAUCAAACUUGGCCUGCGGCCCGUCACCUUUACUGACUUAGUUUUAGAGUCCCAACAGUCUAUCUCUGAAGAGGCACUGCAGUCCCCUGCCCAGACACUGAUUUACAGGGGGUUGUUUCAAUGCUCGUUGAUGCACCAGGAGGAUCAGCCGGCUGUUCUAGGCCUUGGUCCUCUUAGAGCUCCUACAUUCCAAAGACCUCUUCACUGCACGUUCCUCUGCACGGAAUGGAAGCACCUUGAAGGGGAAGAAUUCAUAGGAGCGGGAACCCGAGCUAAGAACUUCCGUCUGAUUGAGGGAAUGACCAUGGAGGGGAUCUGGAGAAACUUCCUCAGGAGGCUGCAGAUCAGCCACAGGAGGACCCAUCUCCAGAUCUUCAGGUUCUAUGAAGCCCUCUGGACGUACUCCAUCCCCGAGAGGGCUCGCGCUGGAAACAGAGUGCAGGUGAGAGACUGUCAGACAUCAGCGGAGUGCCGGAGGAGACGUCCAUGGGCUGAGGAGGGGAGCGCCGCGCCGCGCCACAGCCACAGGAGCCGAGACAUGGAGCACUUAACGGCAGCCAACUGGAGGGAGAUCGUCAACAAGAAGCUCAAGUUUCCAGUGUCCCUCAUCAACGCCAUUCAUGAUGGUAACCUCACCCAAGUCCAGCAGCUCCUACAGGUCAGCGAUGGGAUCCUGCGGCAGCUGGACGACAGCGAGGACCGGUCCUGGCGGGAAGCUCUCAAUCUCGCCAUCCGGACGGGGAAUGAGGAGAUCAUGAAGACUCUGCUGCACUGCGUCAAGUUUGACUUCAGACAGAUCCAUGAAGCCCUCCUGGUGGCUGUUGACACCAACCAACCGCACGUGGUCAAAAUGCUGCUGGACCGCCUGGACCAGGAGAAAGGGAGCAAGAUGGACAUUAAGUCGUUCUCCUCGGCUUUCUUCGACAACUCCAUCGACAACUCCCGCUUUGCUCCUGGCGUGACCCCGCUGACACUGGCCUGUGAGAAGGACCUCUAUGAGAUCGUGGAGAUGUUGAUGAAGAAAGGCCAUAUCAUCACGACUCCUCACAAGAUCUCUUGUGCGUGCCUGGAGUGCAGCAAUGGACGCAAGUAUGACCUGCUUAAGUUCUCGCUGUCCCGCAUCAACACGUACAAAGGUAUAGCCAGCAGGGCGUAUCUGUCCAUUGCCAGUGAAGACGCCAUGUUGAGGGCCUUCAAGCUGAGCCGGGAGAUCAAACGUCUUUCCAGGAAAGAACCCGAAUUUAAGCCGGAGUACCUGGCCCUGGAGGACCUGUGUCAGGAGUUUGCGGUGGAGCUGCUGGGCAUGUGCCGCAACCAGAGCGAAGUCACGGCGGUGCUGAACGACUGCGAGGACGACAGCGAUGAGGAGGAGUUGGACAAUCAGGCCUUUGAGGAAGGGAUCCCCAACCUAGCCAGGCUGCGGCUUGCCGUACACCACAAACAGAAAAGGUUUGUGGCGCAUCCCAUCUGCCAGCAGGUCCUCUCCUCCAUCUGGAGUGGGAAGCUGUCCGGGUGGAGGGGGAGUACUAUGGUUUGGAAGCUCUUCAUUGCUUGCACCAUCUUCUUGUCCAUGCCUCUCCUGUGCCUCAUCUACUGGCUGGUUCCUAAAUCCCAGGUGGGGCGAGUCCUGAAAAUCCCGGUAAUAAAGUUCCUCCUCCACUCGGCUUCGUACCUGUGGUUCCUGAUUUUCCUCCUGGUGGAGUCCAUCACCAUGGAGAAGAGGCACGACAUAUACGAGGGCCGGAACCAAACCAUCUGGCAGAACUCGCUACACAUGAUCUGGGUUGCCGGAUUUCUGUGGCAUGAAUGUAAGGAGGUCUGGAUCGAGGGACUGAGAAGUUACUUCCUGGACUGGUGGAACUUCCUGGACAUCGUCACCAUCAGCAUGUACCUGGCCUCGUUCUCCCUGCGGAUCCUGGUGGCAGUGAGGGGAUACCUGUCCUGCCAAGACGACCCCGCGUCCGACACCUGCUUCUACUUCACCAAAGCAGGCCGCUCGGAGUGGAACACGGAGGACCCGCAGUUCAUCGCCGAGGUUCUGUUUGCUGUCACCAGCAUGCUGAGCUUUACACGUUUAGCCUAUAUCCUCCCUGCACACGAGACCCUCGGGACCCUGCAGAUCUCCAUUGGCAAAAUGAUCGAUGACAUGAUAAGGUUCAUGUUUAUCUUGAUGAUUAUUGUCACCGCCUUCCUGUGCGGCCUCAACAACAUCUAUGUGAACUACACCGAUUCGGACAAGCUGGGCAACUUCAACGAGACCUUCCAGUUCCUCUUCUGGACGAUGUUCCAGAUGGUGGAGCGGAGUACCGUGGACAUGAACCACUACGUCGUGGCAGAAUUUGUUGGCCGGGCGCUGUAUGGACUCUUUACCAGUAUCAUGGUGAUUGUCCUACUCAACAUGCUCAUUGCCAUGAUCACCAACUCCUUCCAGAAGAUCGAGGACGACGCUGACGUCGAAUGGAAAUUCGCCCGCUCCAAAUUGUAUCUGUCCUAUUUUAGAGAAGGACUGACUCUUCCCGUUCCAUUCAACAUCAUCCCCACUCCAAAAUCUCUCUUCUACUCCAUCAGUCUCUUCUACUCCAUCAGGUUCCAUCCUCAUUUCCAUCAUCCCCAUCUACAAUCCCUCAUAGUCUCUUCUACUCCAUCAAGGACCAUCCUCAUCUCCAUCAUCCCCAUCUACAAUCCCUCAUACUCUCUUCUACUCCAUCAGGUACCAUCCUCAUCUCCAUCAUCCCCAUCUACAAUCCCUCAUAGUCUCUUCUACUCCAUCAGUCUCUUCUACUCCAUCAAGGACCAUCCUCAUCUCCAUCAUGCCCAUCUACAAUCCCUCAUAGUCUCUUCUACUCCAUCAGGUACCAUCCUCAUCUCCAUCAUCCCCAUCUACAAUCCCUCACAGUCUCUUCUAUCGCUCGGUGAUUCUAUUGGUGAGAUCUCUGAGUCAAGAAUUGCAGAGAGAUUUCACUGUUGGAGCAUCCAAGACAACAACGGUUUCGAGUGCGAUGGGUUCAUGGACUUUGCCCUCUGUGUAUGGCACGGCUCCCGAAUAACGCCAGUAUUUCUGUCCAAUCACAGGGCCAUUUUUCGAUUUGUGUGCUGCUACAAACCCAAGAAGAAGCAAGAUUACCCGCCCAUCUCCAUCAUUUCUAACAGGGGAGUCGGCAUUGGAGAGUCCGAGGGGAGCCGAAUCUCGUACCGCCUGCAGGUGAUCAAAGCUCUGGUGCAGAGAUACAUCGACACGGCUCGCAGGGAGUUCGAGGAAAGCAAACGGAAAGAUCUUGGCAACCGGAUCACGGAGCUGAACAAGAACGUCAUCCGUCUCCAUUCGGAGGUUAAACAGUUGCGUCGUUCCCUAUCGGACAAGGGAGCGGUGGUCAGCGCUAAAGAAAGUGAGAACGUGCUGAGCCGGUACAUCAUGAAAGUAAAAAGCACCUUUCAGAACUACGACCAGGAGUCGGUAGGGUCUGGGAAGGACUCGUCUGAGGUCACUUUGCAUCAGGAUAGCUUCCGGAGCAUUCUGCCAGAGGACGACUGUCCGCCGUACCCGGAUAUGCCGACGGCUAAUCAUCUGGACCAAAGCGACGAUAUUGGAGACCAUGACAACUCAGAGCCAGGAGAGGACAUGUGA